AUGUUUCAAUUGACUAAUUUAGUUCGUCUUCUUUUACAAAAAAAAAUAUCAUCAGAACUAUGUGAGGUAUGUAUUACAUUACAAACGGGUAAAUGUAUAAAUGAAACAUGUGUCUGUCAUCCUGGGUUCGUCGGACCUGUAUGUACAGAUCGAGUAACAACUUCGGUUGCACAAUUAUCUGCAUCUCAAAUUAAUAUAAGUGCUGUCUUAGCUGGCAUUCUCGGUGGUAUUUUUUUUGGUGUUAUUGUUAGUUUAAUGAUUUUUUUUAUUUGGAAAAGAAGAGUUAAAAAGAAAUCAUUUGCAUUGUCUUCAUCAACAAUAGCUACAAAUUUAUCAUCAUCAAUACCUGUUGUAGUACCUGCUUUAUAUGAUAUAUCAUCAUCUCGACGAGCUUCAUCUGUAACAUCUGCUCCAACAGUGACUUAUCAUUUAUAUGAAGAAUUAUUAUAA